AUGGAGAAGGUCCUUGCCUUGCUGCUCAUUGCCCUCGCCGUGGUCUAUGCAGUUCCUGGCCCUCGGGGGAUCGUUAUCAACCUGGAAAACGGGGAGCUCUGCGUGAACAGCGCCCAGUGUAAGAGCAAGUGCUGCCGCCACGACACGCUGCUGAGCCUAGCCCGCUGCUCGCCCAAGGCCAGCGAGAACAGCGAGUGCUCUGCCAAGACGCUCUACGGGGUUUACAAAAAGUGUCCCUGUGAGCGGGGCCUGACCUGUGAGGGUGACAAGACCAUCGUGGGCUCCAUCACCAAUACCAACUUCGGCAUCUGCCACGAUGCUGGACGCUCCAGGGAGUAAAACCCCUAAAGGAUGCUCCUUCUCCACUACGUCUCCCUGGCUGCCCGCCCCUGCCCCUUGACUAGCACCUCCCUUUUCUGAUUGGAUUCUCCGCAAUUAAAGCUGUUCCUGCAGCCUU